UGAACACCCUUCUGUCACAAACUCUGUAAGAAAUACAAUCGUAAAAACUACCUCCGAGUGAGACGAAGGUAUUUUUCAAGCAAUCCAAGAGAGUUUAAGUUKCUAUUGCACGGACCAGAAAACAAMAARAACAAACAAUAACUGCCUGAUCGCAGAGAAACGAGAUAAUGAUGUCAGGGUCCACGAGACAAACCAUCGUCACGGUCCUGUUUCUGUGGAGUGCAUGCCUCGCUCCUCUCUCCAUGGCGGCCCAGAAGCAGCCGGAAGAAUAUCAGCAGCGCCUAGUGGACUGGCUCCUGGAAGAUCCAACUUCUUUCUUCCACCCGUCCAUACGCUUCCGGCGCUUGGGCCCCGACGGGGAAUCGGGCCCCUACGCCUACCACGCCACGGAAGAUAUCCCAAAGGGGACCCCGCUGAUCGUCCUUCCCCGGAAGUAUGUCAUAGAGAGCCACCAGCCCGUGGAGAUUGGACGCAACCCCGGCCCCCGAGACUGUGUGACGGUGCAGAAAAUGCUAGAGGAAUACGAAAAAGUGAAGAACAGCAAAAAAGACCCUUCGACUCCGUCGUCGUUUUACGAGCCAUACYUGUCCUAUUUGUUCGACGACACGGUGGGUGGAACCUCGCGCGGGUUGCUCCCUACCACUUGGUCACCGGAAUCUAAGGAAAUCCUAGAACUCAUCCUCGAGCCCCAAGGGGAUUACUACACACUGGAGCCAGAAAUUUUUGAGCAUCCGUUCGUAUCGACGUACUGCCCCGAAAACAAGUUAUUUCAGUUUUCGAUUCUCCAGGACGAUGGCAGCGACGACAACGACGACGACGACGAAGAUGAUGAUCUCUACACCGAAAAGGAAUUAGACGAGCUUAUCGAGACCAUCAAGGUCCAGGACGCCUUUUUGUUUCUCAAGUCGCGGGGAUGGGACGACAAGCUACUCCCGCUGGUGGACAUGUUCAACCACCGAAACGGGCCGCAGCGCAACGUUGAGGUGACCUCCGUGCACGACGGAGGCGGCGAUAUUGCCGCCUACACCACCCKAGACGUUGCCGCCGGGGAGCAGCUGCAGUACACCUAUUCCGAGUGUUUCGAUUCGACUUGUGCGUACAGCGCAGUCAUGUACAACUACGGCUCCCAGCCAAUCCUGGCGGACUACGGAUUUGUGGAACUGUAUCCCCAGCGCUGGUAUCUAGGGGGUGCCGACGACGAUGUUGUCGCACCCGAGGCCGACGACGACGAUUACUCUACCGUGGUGGACGAUGGAAAAGUCCAGGACCUCACCGUCGAGGUUACCACGGACGAGAACGACGACUCCAAGAUUGUGUUGCGUUGGAUCUUCCGGACGCCCAACACGGCGUCGCUCCAAUGGAUCAAGGAGCAGCUGGAUCGGCUGAAAC